UAAAGGUUUCGAAAAGGAGCAGACCAUGCCAUUUCCCAAUACAAGCAUGGUUGCACCAACUAAACCCACCGGAACAGAGUUGCCAAAGAUAAAAGCUGUGUCGCCAAUGGAAAAAGGCGAGAAUAAUUGCAAUCCUGGACAGCUUUAUUCAAAGUUGUUUGAUGAAGUUGAGAAAGUUAAGUGUUGGAAGGUCAAAGUUGACUCUGACACUUUGCAAAAGGAAAGGAGACUCCAAGAAAACAAAAGAACAAUUGAAACUCAGCGCAAAGCCAUCCAAGAAUUGCAGUUUGGAAGUGAAAGUCUCAGUCUAAAGCUGGAGGAACAGAUCAGCGAAAAUGAGGAUUUGAGGAACAAAAACAACGCAACGAGGAAUCUGUGUAAUUUACUCAAAGACACUUUUCAGCGGUCAGCUGAAAAAAUGCAUUUAUUUGAAUCUGAAAGAGAAGAAACACAUCACCUGCUUAUGGAAAAUAGUUCAAGUAUUCAGAACAUGGUUGCAGCAUUUCAAAGCCUUCGUGUUCAAGCAGAAGAUGAUCAACAAGAGAUGCACCAUGUCAAAGAGGCCUUGCUGCAGUUUGAAGAUCUGAAAGAGAAAUACAAUCAAGAAUAUGACGUGAAAGAAAAAGAGGUCGCAGAGCUUCAGACUCAAAUACGGGAUAAGGAACAUGAACUACAAAACCUCCUGCUGGACCUCCAUGAAAACCAGAAGCACUGCAAACAACUCCAAGAAGCAACAAAUGAACAAUGUGGACUUCUCAGUAGCUCAAAAACUGAACAAGAGUCCCUGCUUCAGAAACGACUCACUGCAGAGCAGCGCUGCACAGAAGCCGAGAGAAAAUGUGAAGCUCUUGCUGCAAUUCUUGAACAAACUAAAGAAGAAUUUACAGAGAUGAUUCAAAGCAAAGACUCAAGCUUGCAGGAACUCAGCAAAGUAAAAAAUGACCAAGAAGAGACGUUGGAGCAGAUUCAGACAAACAUUCAGGAGCUCCAGGAUUCCCUAGCCUUAGAGACAAAGAGGGUUAAGGAACUUGAGGAUAAGCUCAUGGCCAACAGUGAGGAACUGGAAAGAAGAAACACACUUUUAGGAGAGAACAUGGAGCAGAUUGCAAAGAAAGAAGGGCAGAUCAAAAUACUUGAAGAUGAACUGGACAAAACAUCUAAAUGUGUCGAGUCCAUGAAGGAAAAGAUCGAGGUCACUGAAGUCAAAGUGGAGAAACUCACCGCUGAGCUUUCAAGGGAAACCGAAGAAGCCCAGCGGUAUAAGAAUGAUGCAGAGAUUGAGAAAGCAGAACAUGAUCUACUAAAGGAAGCUUGUGAAGCUGCUGAAAAAGCACAAGAAGAUUUGAAGGAGAAAUCCAGAGUGACUGAGAUCAAAGUGCAGCAGCUGGAGGGGCAACUGUUCACAGAAGUAAAGACAAAUAAAGAACAUACCUUCCAGAUGGUGCAACUGAGACAAGACAUCCAUCAGCAUGAGGAUAAGUACACGGAGCUAUUGGCCAACUUUAAUGAGCUGCAUUGUGAGAAGACAGUCAUUCAGCAGCAGUUUGUGAGCGGAUCUUCGAGAGCGAAAGCUGUUGAGGAAAACUUGAAGGUUAGUGAAAAGAAGGCUGUGAAACUCACAAAACAAAUCCAAAGAUUGGAAGAAGAAAACCAAGGUCUACGAGAGGAAGUGAAGUCCAUUGAGAACAAGAGCCAAGAGCAAUGUCAAGAAACUGAGACUCUGCAGAAGAAGUUUGAAGCAAAUUAUGAACGUCUGGAGGGGGGAAUUGCAGAAAAAGAAAAACGGAUCAAAUCUGUGGAAACCAAGCUGCGCAGUCUCAGGAAAAAGUUUGAAAUCAAACUGAAAGCCCAGGAGGAAUACCAGGAAGAGAAACAAAUGUCAUAGGAGAAGGCACAAUCCAGUCAACUUGAAAUGGUGAUCAACAAUCUUCAUGAGGAGGCCGAGAGCCUUAGAGCGCUGAACGAAGAAAACCGUCAGAAAUUGCUAAAAGAAUUUGAGGCCAAAUCAACCUUGGCAUCAGAGCUUGAGAUUGAGGCACAAAAGUUCAAAUCAACAGCAGCAGAGGCCACCAAGAACAAAGAAGACACAGAACUGAAGUGCCAACACCAAAUAGCAGAUAUGGUCGCUCUGAUGGAGAAACACAAGAGCCAGUAUGACCGGAUGGUUGAAGAAAAGGAUGCAGAGCUUGAUGAGACAAAGAAGAAAGAGAUGCAGGCUGUUGCACAUCGGAAAUCACUGGACUUGGAGCUUGCCAAGCACAAGACGGAUAACGAUCACCUGAAGCAACAGCUGGGGGCAGGAACAACAGAAAAGGAAAAACUGCAGAAGGAGCUGGCUGACUUCAAGAAAGAAAUGUCAUCUAUGAAAAUGACUCUGCUGUCAGAGGCAAGGAACAAGCAGGCACCUGCCUUAAACUGUACCCAAGGGGAACGUUCUGAGACUCCAAGAGAGAGCUGUUCAAUGAGACACGUGUUUGACUCCACCAAAACCAGGAGAACUCCCUCCUCCAGCAACAAAGAGGGAAGUUCUGCAUUAAUGAAGAAAGCUGAAUUUCGUAAUGAAGACCUAAAAACCCCAAGAAGAACUACAAACAGACUUGGCGGAACAUCAAAGAUCAAAUCCUACAGAAUAAGGACUCCUCCUUCUUCUGAAAAGGCAUCAGGCUGGGGAAAGAGCACCUUAGUGCUGUCGGACAAGUCUGACAGCUCUGAUCAACAUGACCUCUUGACCUUUGCUAGUACACCUAUACCAGAUGUUUCCGCUCCACACCGCAAGUUCAACAUCUUCAAAAAGAUCCAAAGCCCCAUCUCUCAGAAAUCACCAGGGAACUCCUUGAAGUUAGCAGCAAUGAAAAGGAUGCGAGAUGCUGGUUGGACAGCUGUUACGGGCUGUGACAAAAAGAAGAAGACAACCAAUGACAAGAUCUUUGCCUAAAUAGUGCGCUCACAGGGCAGAUAACCCUUAAAAGUUUUAGUUCGGAUGUUCAUGUUUCAACUUUGUUAUCGUUCACAAAUAGCAUCGGUAAGACUUUAACACACUGUAUCAUUAAUAACAAAAGGCCAAUUUAUUUCUUUACAUGCACAAAAGAUUAGAUAGGUUGAUCAGUUAAACAGUCUUGUUAUCAAAAGUGUUCAUUGUCCAGCUGUUCAAGCAAGUUUGGCUAUAAGGUCAUUUAAAUGACUGCAGAGUCCCCUUCAAUGCGUUUAGGUGCUUUAGAAAGAAUCAGUUUAUUGUAGUUCUGCUUUAUGUAAAGACUAAUCUUUACUGGUGUUCACAUGAGAUGGAUUUGACCUGCACGAGUUGAUAUUGUUGUUGUGAGAGAUAGUGUAGUUUGUGUUGCUAUCUUAAUAUAUUUAAUGUAUUUCUGUAUUCUAGUAUUGACAGUUUAGUGAGUAAAAUUGAUGUUCAAAUCAAUCAGCAUUGUCCUUGUUUCAAUGUUCUGCCCAUCAUUGUUGUGGCUGUCCUCUCUGCUGUCAGACUCUUAUGAAUCAUUUUGACAUUUCUCAUGGGUCAGUCCUGAAGUUCUCUACUCAUUUGGGGAAGAGGAAAACACUUUCGAUCACCAAAGCUGCAGGAACUCGGUCCUUAAUGAAGGAACUGGAGACGGAAUUGAGAUCGGUCUGCUGCUGGGGCUUCUGGAACGUUGUCGUAUAUCGGGUGGCCAUCAUAAAGUCCUCCAGAAAUCACGAGUGUGUCAUCGUCGGCCACAAAUGCA